AUCAAAAUAAUGUAAUUCUAUCGUUUGUACUCGGUUAGUACUCAUUUGUACGAAGCUUCGAAUAUUCCCUGGGUUUCUCAUUUAUUUUACCCCAAUGUUUAAAAUUCGUUCAAUGCACAAGCGCAAGCUGCUUAGUGACAAACAAUGGCGGUCUCGAACGAUUACCGGUCGAGUACGUAAAUGCAUUUUCGCAGAUUAUUUGCCUCCGGAGACUUGAUAAGGAAAAACUUUGAGACGUCUUUAUGAUUGGGCGUAAAAUACGAUUUCCUGAUUCUCGCAAUUGUUCAAGAGACGGAUUCUUCUAAUGAAAAAGACGUUUUCGAGUCAAGAGUGAGGUUAGGAACGACACUUGAAGUGUCAAAUUGGAGCAGGUGUUCUCAGAAUUAUUGUUUACAUAUAAACAUCAGCUGCAGUGAUGUCCAUUUGAUCACAAAUGGAAAUAGACAUUCAUCCUUUGACGAGUAAUCCUACUGCUGCUUGGCAAGACCUGUCCCAGCACCAGAAGGUCAUCAAGAUCAAUGCAAAGACACCGACCACCGAGGCACCGGAGAAUAAAAUACUAUUUUACUGCUGUUGCAGCUCCGUGUAGUGUGUAUGAGUGACACUCACUCAUUAACUCCGUAUAUCAAGUUUGAUAUACCACCUGGUGAUAUUUUUAUACAUGCUGGAGACUUCACCAAGUGUGGAAGUCUCCAGGAAGUCGUAGAAUUUAACAAUUGGAUAGGUAAUUUACCCCACAAACAUAAAAUAGUAAUAGCUGGAAACCAUGAACUGUCCUUCGAUCCGACGUUCACUCAUCCCUUCACCACUCACAGCAGUGGUGACAGACAGAAGCACAUGGGGACCAGUAUUCUGGACAAUAUCCCAACAUUAGGAAUGUCCAAGGACACUUUAGCUGAAGCCAUUCGUACUACUAACGUCAAGGACUACUUGACGAAUUGCACUUACUUAGAGGACUCGGGGAUAACCCUGUAUGGAAUUAAAAUUUAUGGAAGCCCUUGGCAACCGGAAUUUUGCAAAUGGGCCUUCAAUGUCCCACGGGGAGAGGCCUGUCUUUCAAAAUGGGAGUUGAUACCCUCGGAUACUGAUAUUCUAGUCACUCAUACACCACCAAUUGGUCACGGGGAUCUCUGCUGCAGUGGAGUUCGGGCUGGCUGUGUGGAAUUGUUAACAACAGUCCAACAACGGAUUAAACCUAAAUACCACGUCUUUGGGCACAUCCAUGAGGGUUAUGGUAUAUCUUCUGAUGGAAAAAUAAUUUAUAUCAAUGCAUCGACCUGCGAUCUCAAUUACUUGCCCAGCAAUCCACCGAUCGUCUUCGAUAUUACGUUGCCAGAUGGUUUUGAUAAACGAUUAAAUUGAAGAGCUACUGUCAACGAUUUAAUUACUUUCCCGAGUUAUUCAUUCACCGGCUGAAUGUGCACAGGGUAUUUUGGAACGUAAAAUGAAGAAGAUUAUUCGAACUUUGAGGAAAAAGAUUGAAAUUUUUUAUCCUUUUAUAAAUUUGUCUAAUGAAGUGAAUGACAAAAUUUGAUCACUGAAAUUGUAUUUUAUCUUUUAAAGAUGCUUUUUAACAUUUUUGGCUUGUGAAUUAAUCAUAAGGGGCUUUUCGACGAGAAUUAUAUUUUUCUUAUAUGAAUUUUGGAUUUUGUAUCAUUUAUAAACGAUUUUUUUCUUAGAGUGAAAAUUUGCUACGGUUUUCCGGAGAAUGGAAAUAGCUGAACUAUUUCUAUAGACACAGAAAAAGGGAUUAUCUAGGAACAAUAGAUAACCAGACCUACUCAGUCCCUUAAGUUGCAAACCAAUGUCAUAGAAUGGUAAAUGAGUGUGAACAAAUGUCAAGUGCACCCUUUUAUUUAUUUUCCAAUUUCAAAAUAACUCAACAGCUUCAAAGAAGUGCUGACACGUGCACAGGAAAAUUAUCUAGUCUCUAAGUGGCAAGAAUGUCGUAUUUUUCACUUAAGAAAAGAUUGACAAUGAGAUUAUACCAGCGAGUGGCAGAAAGCAAAUUGUUUACUCAAUGAUAAUUAAAAAUAGAUGUAGUGUGAGAUAGCGUGAGAAUAUUCGUCUUAAUCUUUUGUACCUGCCGCUGAAUAUACCACUCGAGUUUUCGACAAUUUCAUCACGGCCUUUGCAGAUUUUGUCAAAUCAAUCAAUUGGGCUUCUGUUGAUAA